GCCCCCUCGCAGCCGGCCGCCCCCGCGCCCGGCGCGCGGGUCAUGUGCUCACUCAAGAUGGCGGCGCUCAGGGCGGCAGCGGAGCUGCUGCUGCUGUCGCUGGGCUGCGCGGCCGCCGCGGUGCCGCUGGUCAUCUGGCACGGCAUGGGAGACAGUUGCUGCAAUCCGCAGAGCAUGGGCUACAUCAAGAAAAUAGUUGAGGCGAAAAUACCGGGGAUUUAUGUCCUGUCUCUCAAGAUCGGGAGCAAUCUGAUCCAGGAUAUGGAGAACAGCUUCUUUAUGAAUGUGAACGAUCAAGUGAGAGAGGUGUGUAGCCAGCUCGCAAAGGACCCUCACCUGAAAGGAGGCUACAAUGCAAUGGGCUUCUCCCAAGGAGGCCAGUUCUUGAGGGCGGUGGCCCAGAGGUGUCCUUCUCCACCCAUGUUCAAUCUGAUCUCCGUUGGGGGACAGCACCAAGGAGUAUAUGGCUUUCCACGCUGUCCUGGAGAGAGCUCCCAUAUCUGUGACUGGAUCCGAAAGACGCUGGAUCUGGGUGCCUACACACAAGCUGUUCAGGAGCACUUGGUACAAGCAGAGUAUUGGCAUGACCCUUUGAAGGAGGAGGACUACAGGAAAAACAGCAUUUUUUUGGCUGACAUAAAUCAAGAGAGGGGCAUCAAUGAGACAUACAAGAAAAACUUGAUGGCUCUAAAGAAGUUUGUGAUGGUGAAAUUUCUCAAUGAUACCAUGGUCGACCCUCCAAUCUCUGAGUGGUUUGGGUUUUACAAAAGUGGCCAAGCCAAGGAGACCGUUCCACUGAAGGAGACAUUGCUGUACACAGAGGAUCGCCUGGGGCUGCAGGAAAUGGACAAAGCAGGAAAGCUGGUGUUCCUGGGGGUAAAAGGGGAUCACCUGCACUUCUCGGAAGAGUGGUUUUACACCACUAUCCUCCCCUUCCUCCAGUGAACCUAAGAGGAGGCAUCAUGUGAGAGCACUGUGGAGGCUCUGUUGCUGUAGCUAAUGCAGCUGCUACUGUGCAAUUGCACUUUUUGGGUACAAGCCUGUGGGGGAUCGGGGGGAGAGGAAGGGGGACUUUAGCUCAGCAGUUCCACAGUAUGCAGAGGUGGCAUCCCUGUUACCCUGCAGUAGGAGACUGGGAUUCCUCUGGAUGUAAUUAAACUAACUCUAAAGCACUCCAAGCCCUGGUAAGGCUCCCUGUGCGUGGCUGUUCCAGUCACUUGAUCAUGGCGAAAUGGCUGAGCUGCUUGAGAGGUUUGUUUUCACAGUCACAUUCACAGCCCAUGGUGCCUGUUCUUCCUGGGAAACAAUGGCACUAUUAACCAAAAUCACUAGUUCAAAUAUGCUGCAUUGCUGAAGGAGAUCAGCAAGUAGACCUACAUGGCUGUAUGCAGAGGAAAGACAGACUACAGUCUCUACUUCAAGGCAGGGAAAAGGGCCCAAUUUAGGUGAUUCUAGGGGAAAAGAAGGGUUUUGCAUUAAGUGGGUAUUAACAUCUCUAACAGUUUUCAACUAAAAGCUUGGUUUAUGCACUUUUGUACAGCAAUUCAUACCAAUAAAACCUUUACAUCUAACCAACUAAAAAA